GAUAUAACAAACAACCAAAGAAUGAUGCAAGACAUUACCCUCUCUAGGCUCACGAGCACCCCGUCUCAAAAAAACAAAAUUGCCCUACUUUGAUUCCCCCGAUUUUAUUAUUAUUAUUAUAACCCGUCACGAUUUACUGUCUCUCUCUUUUUCCCCUUCAUUUAAUUAUUUAUUUAAGUCAUUUUUAUCUUUACUCGAGGCUGCAGGGGCUGGCUGGAAUCUCUUAUAUAUACUCCCGCCGCUCUUUGCAUUAGUUUUCUAUAUUAUUUCUUCAUCAGAAGCUUUCCUUACUUUCAGGACACCAGCAAAUUAAAAUCAGCUCAUAAAGUGUAAGAUAAGAGCCAGAGAGAUACACACACAUAUAUAUUAAUACUUAUAAGAAAUAAUGUCGUCAGCAGCCGCAAUGGAGAUGGAGAUGGAGAUGAUGGAGAUUGAUGAUCCCUAUGUGUUUGAUGAUUACUUCCCAUCAAUGAUUGAGAGAUUAGGGUAUGAAGGGUUGAUGAAGGAGCUGUGUACUGGGUUCUGCCUGUUGAUGGAUGUGAGCAAAGGCUUGAUCACGUUUGAGAGCUUGAAGAGGAGCACUUUAGUACUUGGGCUUCAUGACAUCGGAGACGACGAAAUCAUCUGCAUGCUGGCUGAAGGUGACAUGGAUGGAGAUGGAGCUUUGAACCAGAUGGAGUUUUGCAUCCUCAUGUUCAGAUUGAGCCCUGGUUUGGGCGAUCAUCAUCAUCAACAACUACAACAACAUGGUUGUUCUUCUUCCAAGCUUUUCAUGGAAGACAUGGGAAUUAUGAAUGACAUGUAACGUGUUACUUUUAUGUUUGUUUUGUUUUUUUGAUUAUUAACUACACUGUUCAUCUCUAUCAUGUUUCAAACACCAGUGUUAUUUGCUUCUUUUUUUUUCUUUUUUUUUUAUAAUCUUUGUACCAUGCAUAAUGGAUUGAUUUUCGAUCAUGAGAGUUGUUAUAUCAUCAUGAUGGAAUUCAUGAAUAAUGUUGCUUAGUCUAAUAAAAGGAACAAAUGUUCUCUCCCUAUCUCUCUGGAUAUUUUCUUUGUUCUUUCUGAAGGGCACUGAUGAUUCAGAGUGCAUGUAUAUAUAUAUGCUGCAUGCUCUGAAUUAAUAAAUUUGUCUUCAUUUAUAUACCUGCAGUGUUGUGCAGUUUGAAGGCUGUUUCAAUGUUGAUUGAUCAUUGAAUUGAAAAUAAAUAUACUAAG